AUGCCCGAAAAAAAGGACGAGCAAGUAUCUGCGCAGGAAGUUCGACGGAGUCGACCUCAGCUGGACAGGAGUUGGGGCAAAGCGGUGAUUGCGUGCGCAGCCACGUUCUUCUCAUCUGCUGUCCACUCGACAUCGGGCAUAUUUUAUGUGGCGCUCAUGCGUGAAUUCGGCGUAAACCGCGAGACGGCAUCCUGGCCGACCAGCGUCUUCCAAGCCAUUGACAAUGUUUCAGGUUUCUUUCGGGAUCAACAAGGUUCUUACGACAACUUCUACUACUCAUUGAGCGGCCUGCACUUCCUCAUGGUGGUCGACGCUACGGCGAAGUAUCCAACGGGGUUCCUCCAGGCGUCGCUGGCCGAAAUAGGCGCCUACGACGAGUGCAUCGAGACCGUGGUGCACGAUGACCACGGCGUCGAGGUGGUCCGCGGUCAGUUCUGCAACGUGCACGUGCUAGUCGGCGACGACCUCUCCUUCGUCGACAACGUUAUACCAGCCUUCCGCUUCUCUCAUAAAAGGGCCGGAAGCUUCAAGGGCUAUCUGGCGGAUAAGAAGUUGACUGGUCUUCGCAUGGGCGUGUGCUUCAUCAACUCGUGCACUGAACAAGAUAUUACCAACAUUGGCAGGACCUUGUUCGGAACUGCAGCAGAUAUCGUCGUCAAGAACUGCGUCACUGGCGUGGACGAUGGGAUAGACAUUACCCAGGCAUGCAUAAUGUGA